AUGGGCACCACUACACCUUCUCAUCAAAAGUUUCACCAUACGAUCUCAUCAUCUCCAAAUCAUCCUUACUCAGCAACGCCUCUCCCUCUCUCAAGACAUAACUCGCCGGAUACACCAACCUCUUCACCCCGCCUUCUUUGCCAUCUUUGGCUCUCUCCUUCGCUCCCAGGCCCUUCACAGCCGCAGAACCGAGCAAGCCGCCGUAAGAGUGCAGUAGCAGGAGAUUUCAGCGCGGUCGUCUACCAAGCUGCUCACGACUUUGCGGAUAGCGGCGACAUCUUCGUCAAAGUUCUUCAGACUAGGUGA